AACCUAGUACUAAUUCUCCAGUUGUCGCAGAAAGAGUAAACGAGCGUUGAUUUGUCGCUGACGAAUUUACAGUCAAGAGUAGUAACCGGUUGUAGUGAAAAAAUGGAGUCGAGGAAAGUGACGAAGACGCUGGAAGAUCAAUGGGUGGUGGAGCGUCGAGUCCGAGAGAUAUACGAUUAUUUCUACAGCAUUUCCCCCAACUCCCCGUCCGACCUCAUAGAGAUCGAACGUGACAAACACUUCGGUUAUCUUAGCCAAGGUCUCAGAAAACUUGGUCCGUCGUUUUCCGUUUUGGAUGCCAGUCGACCAUGGCUUUGCUACUGGAUACUUCAUUCAAUCGCUUUGUUGGGAGAAUCUAUUGGUGGCAAACUGGAAAAUGAUGCAAUUGACUUUCUGACCCGUUGCCAGGAUAAAGAUGGUGGCUAUGGAGGUGGACCUGGUCAGAUGCCUCAUCUUGCAACUACUUAUGCUGCAGUCAAUUCACUUAUAACUUUGGGCAAACCUGAAGCUCUGUCAUCAAUUAAUAGAGAAAAGUUGUACACAUUUUUGCUGCGAAUGAAAGACGCAAGUGGUGGAUUCAGGAUGCACGAUGGUGGAGAAGUAGAUGUUCGUGCCUGUUAUACUGCCAUUUCUGUUGCAAAUAUAUUAAACAUUGUGGAUGACGAGCUGAUUCAUGGUGUUGGAAAUUACAUCCUAAGUUGUCAGACUUAUGAAGGUGGAAUUGCUGGCGAACCAGGUUCUGAAGCUCAUGGUGGGUAUACUUUCUGUGGGUUGGCUGCAAUGAUUCUGAUCAACGAAGUGAAUCGAUUGGACUUGCCAGGUUUAAUUGAUUGGGUGGUAUUUAGACAAGGGGUCGAAGGUGGAUUUCAAGGCAGGACAAAUAAAUUAGUCGAUGGCUGCUAUUCCUUUUGGCAGGGCGCGGUAGUGUUUCUUAUACAAAGACUAAAUUUGGUAGUCCAUGAACAACUAGGGCUGUCAAAUGACCUCAGUACAGAAAGUGCUGAUGAUUCUUCAGAGUCAGAGUUAUCUGAUGAAGAAGAGCAUUUGGAAGGGACAUCCUCCCAUGUUCAGGAUACUUUCCCUCUUGGACAAGAAGGUGCUGGUCAAGAAAAUGCUUCUCAUAGCCCAAAAAUAGCAGAUACUGGAUAUGAGUUUAUCGACCGACCCAUAGCUAUGAGGCCUCUCUUUGACAGCAUGUAUCUGCAGCAAUAUGUGCUUCUUUGCUCCCAGAUUGAAGUAGGUGGUUUCAGAGACAAACCUGGGAAGGGUAGAGACUACUACCAUACGUGUUACUGUUUAAGUGGUCUUUCAAUUGCUCAGUAUAGCUGGACCGACGAAGCUGAUUCUCCACCAUUACCCAGGGAUGUAUUUGGUCCUUAUUCCAAAUGUCUGUUGGAACAGGUUCACCCACUCUUCAACGUAGUGUUGGAUCGGUAUUAUGAAGCUCGCGAAUACUUCUCAGGCUUGUGAGAAUGUUUCACCACUUUCAUUUGCACCAACUUUUCAGAAACUUAGUUGCAAUCCAGAAGUUAAAAGUGUCAUUGGCCUUCAAAAGAGUUGUGAUCGUUUAUAUGUACAAUAUCCUUGCAUUUGUAUACGUAAUACAAGUUGAGAAUAACGGGUACUUUCUGAACUAGCUCUAAAUUCGUCUCUGUUUAGUUAGGUCUGUAAACAUCAAUGUGAAAUUGCGAGAUAUGCAUGUAAUAGUGGCUAAGAUUUACAAAUCUAGAUACCGGUUAUUAGUGAUCAGAAAUUUCAUUCAAUUUCCUAAACGGUCACCUAAGUUUAGGAUAUUGCUAUGAAGUAUCAUUUAUUUUUUAUUUA